GCUGCCCUUGGCUAUGACUCGAUUGCUUCCUUUUCUCGUACCGUCAUGAUUAAGCUUACUUCCUUCCUUCCUUCCUUCCUUCUUUUCUCUUUCUUCCAGUCCGAGUUUCUUGGAGACAAUCGAUUAGCGCUCACUCGAAUAAUCGCCGAGUAGGUAUCUCUCGAAGGAGGGCCGAACCGCGGCGAAUCUUUGUUUGCAAGGAUCGAUCACUUAUUUCCGGAGCCGAGGAGGUGUGGGAAUAAACGGGUCAAGGACGACUGCAGGGUAACGAAGAAAAGAGAGAGAAAAGAAAGAGUAGAGGAUUUGAAAGGGGAGAAAUGGCGGAAAAGAGACGGGAUGAUGAUGCUGGGGAGUUGGGGGUCGAAAUCCAUAUUAACAACGGUGGUACCACCGCAACACCAAACGGGACGCUAGAAAAGGCAGAAGAAGAAGAAGAAGAUAAUGAUGAAGAAGCCACCACAGUACUGUGCGAACAAAAGACAAAAGAAGAUGAACCCCCCAACGGCGGCUACGGCUGGAUCUGCGUCGCAGCCAUCGCCACUCUCAACGGCCACACCUGGGGCCUCAACUCCUCCUACGGCGUCUUCCUGGCACACUACCUCCCCCAUAACAUCUUCCCCAGCGCAACUCCCCUGCAAUACGCUUUCGUCGGCGGCCUCUCCAUUUCGCAAGCUCUCAUCGUUUCUCCAGUUGCUACACUGACUACACGGUGCUUUGGUACGCGGACUACUCUGUUCAUCGGUGUGGCGUUGGAAACGGUGUCGUUCAUUGGUGCGAGCUUUGCGUCGCGGAUCUGGCAUCUGUUUCUCACGCAAGGCAUUUGCUUUGGGUGGGGUAUCGGAUUCCUGUUCGUGGGGUCCGUGGGGAUUACGCCGCAGUGGUUUAGCACACGCAGGUCGCUUGCGAAUGGGUGUUCGGCGGCGGGAUCGGGCCUGGGCGGGUUGGUGUACUCGCUUGCUGCCCAGGCGAUGAUUCGGAGUAUAGGAUUACCUUGGGCGUUCCGCACGCUGGGGCUGGUCGCGUUCGUUGUGAAUACCGUUUGCGCUUUGUUGAUUCGGGAUCGGAAUCAGCAGGUUGGGAGUCGGCAGAUUGGGUUUGACUAUCGGCUUUUCCGGAAAGUGCAGUUUGUGGGGUUGUUGGCGUUUGGGUUUUUGUCGAUGCUGGGGUAUGUGGUGUUGCUGUUUUCGCUGCCGAAUUAUGCGCGGACGGUGGGGUUGAGUGCGCAGCAAGGGAGUGUUAUUGGGGCUACGUUCAACUUGGGGCAGCCGAUUGGGAGACCGCCUAUUGGGUACUUUUCGGAUUCCAUCGGGAGGUUGAAUAUGGCGAGUAGCAUGACGUUCCUGAGUGGGCUAUUUUGUCUGGUCAUAUGGAUGUUUGCUAAGAGCUUUGGCGUGCUCGUCUUUUACAGUCUGGUGGGUGGAAUGGUAGCGGGGACGUAUUGGGCUGUGGCUGGCCCGAUCACGACGGAAGUUAUGGGAUUGAAGGAUCUGCCGAGUGCGUUGAGUAUAACUUGGUUGGUACUGGUCUUGCCUACUACUUGUAAGUCUGCCCCUUUCUUCCCAAGGGAAACUUGACUAAUGAUGAUGGGUAGUCUCCGAAGCCAUUGGCCUGGAAAUCGUCAAGUUCAAUGGUGGCUCGUAUACCGGUGCCAUCAUGUUUACUGGGUGGAUGUAUAUUGGUGCGGCCGUCUUCUUGUGGUUUGUGCGAGCAUGGAAGAUUGGCGAGGACGAAGAGCUGGCGGCUGGGGCUGAGAAGAAUGAUGAUGGUUCUGGAGCUGGCGCCGGGACCGCGAAGGAAAAAAGUCCUUUUAUGACGAGGAUGUUCGUGAUUAGGAAGGCCUGAUUAAUCUGGGGUGUAGAACAUAGAAGGCAUGCAUAGCUGCCCCGGCGUGGAAUGGCUUGUUUUUUUUGUUCAUGCGGACUUGGACGUUCGCAUUGUACAUGUGGUGAGCUGGGAGGGAACAGGAGCCCGCACUUGAUACAUGGG